AUGAGUGAAGUGAAGGAACAUCCAUAACAUAACCUAACAAUAUAAUGUAACCUAACUCAAAAGUUAUCUCUGUUGAUUUCUCGGGCUUUUAUGUCACAAAAUAAUAUUUAAUUUUGUCAAGAAUUUGCUUGAGCAUGGAACCUGUUAUAGCUAGUGUACAACCUGUUUUCAUAUCCUGUGGAUGCAACAGAACUCCUCAUGCAGCUGACUGGGGUAAUAACGGCCUUAUCUGCUAUGGUGCUUGUAAUGCAGUAGCCAUUUAUGAUCCCAAGGAUCAUGGUGGAAAGGUUUUGGCGACAUACACUGGUCAUCAGGACCGAGUAAACGCUGUAAAGUGGGUUAAAAAGAUUGACAAUUCACCAGAAGAUGAAUUUUUGUCAGUUUCUACUGACCAGUGCGGCUUAGUUUGGACCAAGGAGAAAGAUAGGUUCGUUGUGACAAGUGUACUCAAAGGUCACCAAGGUCCAGUGAAUGUGGUCGAUGCAGUAUAUUGCCGUCUCUCAGCUGGAAGACGUAAGAUCGUAGAGAGCCUCGUCAUUGUGACCGCAGCGGUAGACUCUACCAUUAGGAUCUGGGAGCGUAAUCAAGGGGAUGCUGUGGAGUGUAAGAAGGUUCUGUUGUUGACGUCAGGGCUGUGCAUGGCCGCCUCUUUAACUGUUUCACCAGGUGGUUUUAUCAUCUUAGCCGCUGGCCUGGACGACUCCAAUAUACAUGUAUAUACAUUCAGCCAGCCUUCGAACCCCGCCUUAAACUUGACAGGAGCUGAGCAAAUUAGUUCUGAUGAACCCGUAACUAAGCCGAGUGCCAGCGACGACACCACUGCUCCACAAGUUGACAGGAUCGUCAAGCAGCUAACACUACGUGGCCACGAGGAUUGGGUUACAGCGUUGCAAUUCACUUGUGAAGACAGUGGGGAUCUGCUGCUCGCCAGUGGCAGUCUGGACGCUACAGUUCGGCUGUGGAGGUUCCACCACACGACGGGUGAUGGGGCGAAGAAAGAGCUGACUGUUGAACAACAGCAGAUCGCUGUUGGACACAGGAGGCUGGAUGUAGGAUUGGAGUCUGUACUACUGGGGCAUGAUGGGAGAGUAUACGGCCUGUGUUGGCAUCCACCUGUCUUAACAGACUCAGGCAAGUCGUGGACUCAACCGUUGCAACUGCUGACUGCCUCACUGGACAAGACCGUGGUGGUGUGGGCGCCCGAGGACGGAGGUGGGGGUGUGUGGCUAGAGCAGGAUAGGAUGGGAGAGGUGGGGGGCAACACUCUGGGCUUCUACGGCACUAGGUUCGGCCCCAGAGGCAACACCAUACUAGCACACAGCUACACUGGAGGCUUCCACAUCUGGCACAGAGCACAGGUCCUGGUUUCUAUAGAAGAAAAAGAAGAAGACAAAAGAACUUUCUGUGUGAGUGAAGAUGAAAGCGAAGAAUUGUUGCUAGAGCAGACUAGGGGCCCCAACCUGGACGAGUACAGCACCUUCAUAGUGAUACCCAGUAUCUUUGGGAACAAGACCCGCUGGCGCAGAGUGGCUAGAAUUUGGAGUCCCGGGGUCACUGUGGGGGGACAUUUCGAUCAAGUCAACGACCUCGCCUGGGAGCCAAAGUUUGGACGUUACAUCAUGACAGUCUCCAGCGACCAGACGGCGAGGCUGUACGCUCCUUGGGUCCGUGGGUUCUCCAAUCGUAAAACUGCUACCCUUGAGACGGUUUUGAAACAGGAUUAUUCGUGGCACGAGAUGGCUCGCCCGCAGAUCCAUGGGUAUGAUAUAUCCUGCAUUGCAAUUUUACCACACUUCUCUUUUGUGUCUGGAGCCGAUGAAAAGGUCAUCCGAGCAUUCAAUGUGACGCGAAUCUUCGUAGAUAACUUUCUAAGGCUCUGCGCACCUUAUUCUUCAAAGGCAAAAGAGUUUGAAGGGAAAACACCUGAAGAGAUGGGUAAAUUGGUGUCAAUGAGAGCGUCAGUUCCCCCCCUAGGGCUAUCCAACAAGGAAUGGAAACAGGCAGAAAUAGACAAAAUAAAAGACGCAAAAAACCGCUGCAUAGGUAAAUCGACUUUAGAAGUGAUACAGAUUUGGAGCGAAGUGAACCCUAACGUUUGUCCACCACAACUUGAUGCACCUCCACCGGAAGAUAUGCUGUUGCAAGACUUCUUGUGGUCAGAAACCAUGAAACUCUACGGACACGGCUACGACAUAUUCAGCCUAGCAGCAUCCGCAGAUGGCAAAGUGAUAGCUUCUGCGUGUAAAGCCACCAACGAAGAGCACGCGGCCAUCUUAUGUUGGGAUACCUCUACAUGGCGGAAAGUCGGCCGUCUUGUUUCCCACAAGUUGACUGUGACACAACUCCAGUUUUCUCCCAAUGACAAAUAUCUUCUCUCAGUCUCUCGGGACAGAACUUGGUCCGUCUUUCAAAAGAGCGACUCGGGACCUAAGUUGGUCGGGAGAUCGGACAAAAACACUGGCAUUCACACAAGAAUCAUCUGGUGUUGCGGAUGGAGCCACGACUCUGCUUAUUUUGCCACAGGCUCGAGGGAUGGAAAAGUUGUGGUCUGGGGAUUAGGGGAAGAAAACCACCCCACCCUUGGCCCCUUCACCCCCUCCUCCGACCACCUAGAUCUACCUGAGGAGUCCAUCACGAGUUUGUCGUUCGCCCAUGGCUUUGUUCUCUCCCCACUCGAGUACCUCUUGGCAGCAGGUACGGAGACUGGAGAAAUACGACUCUACGGCUGGAAGGCCAGUGUUCCGUCGCCGUGGCGAUUUCUAUUCCAGCUCAGCGGCGACCAUAGUCACCACCUAAGCAUCAAGAAGCUUGCGUUUCGUCCGGUGAAUGUAAAUACGGAGGACAAUCAGGAGAGCAUUGACCUUCAUCUGGCCAGCUGUGGCCUCGAUCACACUGUGAAGGUUCACAAAAUAGUUGUAAAGUUGAAAUAAAUAAUUUGUAUAC